AUGAUUGUUCAUGAACAAUGGGUUCAAUUAAUUGAAUAUUGUUCAUAUAAAUGUAAUUAUUCAGAAACUGUGACAAAAGGUAUCGGCGUUGAAAAAUUAUGUCAAGCAACGGAUGUUAAUUUUGGUGAAAAAGAUAAAAUCAAUAAUGGAUGGAUUUUGUCAAAUAAUAAUCGAGAAGAAUAUGUAAUUGUUUCAUUCCAAACACCAGUAUUUAUUAAUGAAAUACAUGUUUACGAAAGUCUUAAUCCCGGUAGUAUUGUUAAAUUAGAAGUGCUUGAAUCUCAAAGAAAUAAGUGGUGGAUAAUGUGGCAACAAAAAUCUCAUAGAGAUAAGAAAAUAUUAUGUCAAAAUAUAUUCAAACCAAUUUUACGACGUUAUCGAUUUCAAUCAAAUACUAUACGUAUUACUCUCGAUCCAAGAUAUACUGAUCAAAUUGGUAUUCAAGCUAUUAAACUUAUUGGUUCAAAUAUAUUUGAUAUAAAUUUACAUCAUAUAACACUAUCACAAGCAAUGAUGAAUUUAUAUGAACAAACAUUAAAUAAUACUCAACUUGAUGUACAAUUUAUUAUUGAUAAUAAAAUAUUAAAUGCACAUCGAAAUAUUUUAUGUUGUCGUUGUUCAUAUUUUCAUGCACUUUUACUUGAUGAUUUUAAUGAAAAAUCUCAAAUAAAACCAAUUGAAUUAACUGAUAUUGAUUAUGAAACAUUUAUUGAAUUAUUAUUUUUUAUUUAUAAUGGUAUAUAUCAUAAAAAUCUAUCAUAUGAUAUAGCAAUUAAAUGUAUGAUUUAUUCAAAUAAAAUAAAUUUUUUAACAGGAAAAAAUGCUGCAUUAGAAAAAAUUUGUUAUUAUUUAUGUUUAAAUCAUAAUUUAAUUUUAUCAAUGUAUUAUUUCAUUAAAAAAUUGUCACCAACAUUUGAUUUAUUAUUAGAUUAUAUUUAUGAAUUAUGUUCACAAAAUAUGAAUGAAAUAUGUAAACAAAAAGAAUUUUCUGAACUUGAUAAAGAUUUAUUGAUUGAAUUAAUAUGUCAAUCAGCUCAACGACGUGAAAUUCGUGAACAAGAAAAAAAUAAUCAAGCCACUCUAUAA